CAAAAUUAAUACAACUGGAGCUCAGGGAUUUAUAUAAACUAGUCAUUGACCAAAGGAUAGUAUAGAGAGAAUUAAGAAAUGAAGGCCUCCAUGCUACUGCUUCUGCUUCUUCUCCUUCUUCUUCUCGCCUUCGCCGUGGGCAGAUUGCAGGUCUUGGGUCCCGGACUUGUUCUGGUUUGGAUUUUCUUCUACAUCUUCAACAUUAUAUGGCUAAAGCCGGAAAGAAUCCGGCGGAAGCUCCGGCGUCAAGGCAUCAGAGGGCCUCGGCCCUGUCUUCUCUACGGGAAUGUGCCUGAGAUGAAGAGGAUUCAGGCGGCGGCGAAAGUGUCCGACGGCGGAGAAUUCAUCGCCCAUGACUACACUUCCACUCUCUUCCCCUACUUCGAGCAAUGGAGAAAAGAAUACGGUCCAGUGUAUACUUAUUCAACUGGGAACAAGCAGCACUUGUAUGUGAACAGCCCAGACUUGGUGAAGGAGAUGAAGCAGUCUACCAGCUUGGAUCUGGGAAAGGUUUCUUACUUGACCAAAAGACUUGAACCCUUGCUGGGGAAUGGCAUUUUGAGAUCCAAUGGCCGAGUUUGGGCUCACCAGAGGAAGAUCAUUUCACCUGAAUUCUUCAUGGACAAAGUCAAGGGGAUGGUGGGGCUAAUGGUAGAGUCAACACAGCCAUUGGUGAGAAAGUGGGAGGCGUGCAUUGAAUCAGCAGAAGGUGGAGAGGAAGCAGAGAUAAGAGUGGAUGAGGACUUGAGGAGUGUGUCAGCGGAUGUGAUCUCAAGGGCUUGCUUUGGCAGCUCAUACUUCAAAGGCAAGCAGAUCUUCUCCAAGCUCAGGAUCCUCCAGAAGGCCAUUUCCAAUCAUGCCUUGCUUUUCGGCCUCCCCACCAUUGGCUGCAGGAGACGAGAGAAGACAAAGACUUUGGAGAGGGAAAUAGAGUCAUUGAUCUGGGAGGCGGUGGAAGAACGGCAGCAAGAAUGCUUGGGAACAUCGCCCGAGCCUGAGACGGACCUGAUGCAGUCGCUCUUAGAUGGCGCCAUGAACGACCAUUUUGUGGGGAAGCACUACUCAUCCAAGCGCUUCGUAGUUGACAACUGCAAGAACAUAUACUUCGCCGGCCAUGAGUCCACCGCCGCGGCCGCAUCUUGGUGCCUGAUGCUACUGGCCUUACAUCCCGACUGGCAGGCCCGUGUCCGGGAGGAGGCGGCGGGGCUGGUUUGUCGGCUAGAUGGGGGGCCGUUGGACGCAAACUCACUCCCCAGAAUGAAGAUGAUGACCAUGGUGAUUCAAGAGGCCUUGCGGCUGUACCCGCCGGCGGCAUUCGUUUCGAGAGAAGCAUUGAAAGAGAUGGAGAUCGGAAGCCUGACUGUCCCGAAAGGAGUAUGCGUUUGGACUUUGAUCCCGACGUUGCAUCGCGAUCCGGAGAUCUGGGGAGAAGACGCUAACGAGUUCAAGCCGGAAAGAUUCGCCAAUGGAGUCUCGGGCGCCUGCAGGUUCCGGCACGGUUAUCUGCCCUUCGGGAUGGGCCCUCGGCUCUGCUUGGGGCGCAACUUCGCCAUGGUUCAGCUGAAGGUGGUCCUGGCGGUCAUCGUUUCCAAGUUUAGCUUCUCUUUGUCUCCGAAAUACCGGCAUUCUCCUGCAUACAGAAUGAUUGUUGAGCCUGGCCAUGGCGUACAAAUCAUCAUUCGCAGAUAUAACAAAGGACAGUACAGAGAGAUUAAAGAAAUUAUGAAGACCUCAAUGCUUCUGCUGCUGCUGCUGCUUCUUCCUCUCGUCGUCGCCGUAGAAAGAUUACGUGGGGUUGUUCUGGGAUGGAUUUUCUUGUACGUCUUCAACAUCAUAUGGGUAAAGCCAGAAAGGCUCCGGCGGAAGCUCCGGCGGCAAGGUAUCAGAGGGCCACGCCCCUAUCUUCUCUUUGGGAACGUGCUUGAGAUGAAGAGGAUUCAGGCGGCGGCGAAAGCGUCCGACGUGGUCGGAGAAUUCAUCGCUCAUGACUACACCUCCACCCUCUUCCCAUACUUCGAGCAGUGGAGAAAAGAAUACGGUCCAGUGUACACUUACUCAACGGGGAACAAACAACAUUUGUAUGUGAACCGUCCAGAUUUGGUGAAGGAGAUGAAGCAGUCUUUCACCUUGAAUCUGGGUAAGAUUUCUUACCUGAGCAAAGCACUUGACCCUUUGCUGGGCAAUGGCAUUUUGAGGUCCAAUGGCCAAGUUUGGGCUCACCAGAGGAAGAUCAUUGCUCCCGAGUUCUUCAUGGACAAGGUCAAGGGGAUGGUGGGGUUAAUUGUGGAGUCUACCCAAACAUUACUGAGGAAAUGGGAGGAUUGCAUUGAAGCACAAGGUGGAGAAGAAGCAGACAUCAAAGUGGAUGAGGACUUGAGGAAUGUCUCAGCAGAUGUGAUCUCAAGGGCUUGCUUUGGCAGCUCAUACUCCAAGGGCAAAGAGAUCAUCUCCAAGCUCAGAAUUCUCCAGAAGGCCGUUACUAAAUCUAAGCAUGGCUUGCUUUUCGACCUUCCCACCAUUGGAAGAGAAGAGACAAGGACUUUGGAGAAGGAGAUAGAGUCACUAAUCUGGGAGACAGUAGAAAAACGCGUGCAAGAGUACUCAGGGGCAUCGCCGGGGCCGGUGAAGGACCUGCUGCAAUUGAUCUUAGACGGCGCCAUGAAGGACAACUUUGUAGGGAGAGAAUACUCGUCCAAGCGGUUCAUAGUUGACAACUGCAAGAACAUAUACUUCGCCGGUAACGAGCCCACCGCAGUGGCCGCAUCUUGGUGCCUGAUACUACUGGCUUUAUAUCCCGACUGGCAAGCACGCAUCCGAGAGGAGGUGACUCAGGUUUGUCAGCCGGAUGGGCUGCCGGAUGUCGACUCACUCCCCAGAAUGAAAGCCGUAACCAUGGUGAUUCAAGAGGCCUUGCGGCUGUAUCCGCCUGCAGCAUUCGUGUCGAGAGAAGUACUGGAAGAGAUGGAGAUUGGAAACCUAAUUGUCCCGAAAGGAGUCUUCAUCUGGACUCUAAUCCCUACGCUGCAUCGCGAUCGGGACAUCUGGGGAGAAGACGCCGAUGAGUUCAGGCCCGAAAGAUUCGCCAACGGCGUCUCCGGCGCCUGCAAAUUCCCGCAAGCUUAUCUCCCGUUCGGCUCGGGCGGUCGGCUUUGCUUGGGUCGCAACCUCGGCAUGGUUCAGUUGAAGAUAGUGCUCGCCCUCAUCGUGUCCAAGUUUUCGUUCUCUCUAUCGCCGAAAUACCGGCAUUCUCCGGCUUACAGAAUGACCGUGGAGCCUGGCCAUGGCGUGGACAUUGUUGUGAAGAGAUCUAAGUAAGAAAGACUGAUAUAUUAAUAUAUAUAUAUAUAUAUAUAUAUAGUUUUUAUAUAUCUUGGCAGUUAAUUACCUUCACUAUGUGAAUGUACAAAUAAAGAUUUCAAACGUUUCAUUUGCAUGCAUGCAAUGGGACUGGGUAUUGGACAAUUGCAAUUUAUUAAGAACUUGUUAGUAUGAUCGUCUCGAGUGAUUAGUAGUAAUUAACCUUCACCAUUUCAUUUUAUGUGUAGCUAGCAUCACAAUAUCACCCCACUGCUCAUCGGUCAUCUCACCUCUUGGAUGACCAUCCUUGCG